AUGCUCUUCUCAUUCUACUUCAAGUAUGGAAGGCCUCAACUUCAGAUUUGGAGCUUGCAAAAGUUGGUCGUAGUCAAGGUUUAUGCAGCUUUUCCGGUUGAGAACUUCACAAAUGUUAGGUUUAAAGGUUUUAUAGGAUCAAGUCGUACCGAACUUGAGUUCAAUAUUGUAGAUUUUCCAUUGGCUAAGAUGGAUGUAGAAAUUGUUGUUGUUUUGAAAAAGAAGCUUAUUGUGAAUCCAGAACCAGAACCGAAGGACUUCCAAAAACUGAAACUAGGGAAGAUAAAUAAAGAAAACCGGAACAUUAUGUAUCAACGAAGAGAAGUAGAAGAAGUUGUGAAAAGCAUGUUUUUCUUGCUUGACAAGCAUUUGUAUCACACAACAGCUUUCAACAACAUUUUAGUACUAGUUGCAGCCACCAAGUCAAAUAAUGCUGAUGAUUUGAAGUGUGUCAUGGACAUGAUCAAGUGGUAUCUCAUGUUCCGAAAUACUUUUCUGAAUAUGAUGAUGAAGCAGUUCCAGGUGCAGAAAAUACAUCAGUGA